AACCAGACUAUUGACGACCUCAAUGGCGACUCAAAGACGGGCGCGCUUCCGGUCUUCCAGCCCACCGACGGAUGGGCACAAGGCAACACAUGCAUCGGUUGCCGCGUCAACAACACCAUCGCCGACGUUCACAAGGCCUUCGAUGGCACUUGGCACGACUCGACGUACCACCCCGGCCAGCCCGACCGGGUUAUCACCAUGUCCUUCAACGGCACCGCGGUGUGGGCGUACACGCUGCUCGCGAACCAGAUCGCGUGGACGACAACGAUGACGAAUCUGUCAUUCUCUGUGGACGGCGUGCACAAGAGCGUCUUCACUCAUAACCCGGAUACGACGACCGACAUUCUCUACCAGCAGCAGGUGUUUUCAAUGUCCGGGCUCCAGUUGAAACCACAUACUCUGGAGAUCCGGGCGACGGGUACGGACGCGUCGCUUAUCCUCUUCGACUAUGUCAUGUACACG